AUGACGGAGCACGAUGCGGCGCCGACGCGAAGUAAUUCCAUGUCGGCCACUUUCAAUUAUCUGCACCUGGACGCCGACAAAGUUUUGUCCGCGUUUGGAAAGUAUGGACGAUAUCAGGUAUCACAGUUACAAACUCGAAUCGUUCGUUAGUUUCAAAACGUCACGGUUUCAAAGUGUCCUCAAAAAAUCACGGAUUUUGGGCUGAAAUCUCAAGAGUCUUUCCAGAUGCUGGCCUACGUGAUAACGUCGUCUGUUCAAAUCCUUUUCGCGCUCAACAUGAUGAUCAUGCCGUUUAUCACAAUUUCAGUCAAGCCAAUGUGUGAUUUACCGGAUACUAGAGCUUCUGCGGUACGUUUUUUUACAGUUCCUUAUUGAGUUUGCUCAAUUUUACAAACAGAGAGCACUAAAACGCAUUGAUAAGGGCAUACCGUUCAUUCAAAUCGAUAUAUCUCAGCUGGUAUUGGGGAUAUCAAAAAGGUGUCAACUGAAACAUUGUUCAGAACGAAAUUGUGCACAUUUUAUCAGUUGACACCUUUUUGAUAUCUCAACCGGCGACGGAGGUACAUCGUUUUGAAUUGAGAUGAUGGCCGAGAAAAAUCCAAAUUCGAACUUCCUCCUCCACAGGCCUUUUCUCCGAUUGUCAACGACAGUUGCCACGUCAUCGACACCGAUCUGAACAGGACCGUCGACUGUUUGGCCGUGAACGGCGCCAAGUGAGUGGAAAAAGAGAGGAAAGACGGUCCCAAACGGUUUGCCGUGCAGAUACGCGUAUUCGGUGCAGAAAGAAUCGACAAUUUCGGCGGAUUUCGAUUUGGUUUGUGGGUACGAGGGAGCCGCCGAUCAUGCCACUUCCAUCUUCUUGUUGGGUGCGUUGAGAAUACGUGACAAAGCGAAUAUUUGUGCUAAAAAUUGGAUUCAGCCAUCAAAAUUACCGUUUUUUUUUUAAAUUUUCAGGUGGAAUGGCAGUGUCCCCAUUCGUGAGCCAACUUUCCGAUCUGCUCGGACGUCGUCCCACUUUCCUCUGGCCACUUUAUAUUACUGUAGUUUCCAAUAUUAUCUGCGCAUUCGCCCCCAACUACUGGGUCUUCUUGGCCUUCAGAUUCCUCUCCGGAGUGGCUACUACGGUAUGUUCAACCCCAACUUUGAACAUGAUUUUCUCGGUGGAUUUUAAAGAUUUUUCAACAGUUAAAAAAGCAAUCGAUAGCCAAUUUGGUGCUCUUCAACUUUGUAAUUGACCGUUUAUUAUGAUUUUGCUCCGGCGCAGAGUUAUUUUCAAUUUACUUGAAGGCUCAGAAAGAACGAUCAGAAAGAAACGAAAAAACCGCAUUUUUCAAGGGCUCCAGCUAUUAUAGCUCUUUUUGCAGAGUUUCAGCAUGACCGGCUACAUCCUCUGCAUGGAAUCCGUCUCGUUGGAGUUCCGGUCCAUGAUCCCGGUCCUCGGGACCGUUACCUGGGUGCUCGGCUACAUGCUCGCCGGUGUUUUCUCGAUUUUCUUCACAAAUUGGCGCUACUUGUACCUGGCCGCCUCUUUUCCGGGCCUUUUGACGAUUCCGUUCUUCUGGUUCACGCCCGAAUCGCUUCAUUGGCUCGUCACUAAACGACAGGAGCGCAGGAUCGAAAAGUGAGUUUCCGCGGAUGGCGCUAGUUUUCGAUGAGAAAUGUUUUUGGGCUCAGCGAGCGACAAUUCGAAAAUCAAAGUUUGCAGAUACAUCAACAAGUCGGUUGCGUUCAACAAACAAACAAUCAGCCUGCCGAAUUGUCGCUCGGAAAACACGGAUUUCAAUGAAAUCACACGAACGUUCCGCGCGCUUUUCUACCCGAAAAUCUUUGUUCAUCUCGUCAUCAACUCGUUCAUUUUGUACGUUUUCAUGCGAUUUUGACGCGCGGAGCCGCUGAAAUCGUGCAACAAACAAAACAAUCGCGAUUCACCAUUUUAUCACCAUUUUGGCGCGAAAUUCGAAAAUUAACCCCAUUUUUCAUGUUUUUCGUCAAAAAUUACCCAAAUUUUGUACGAUUUCGACGAUGUAAUUGCAUAGCUUUUUUAAACUAAUCAUCGCGCACUUUUUGAGCUUAAAACGAGCAGGUUUCAUUCAGAGAAUGAAUCAAUUGAAUCGAUUUUCAAGUUUUGUGCUGAAAAUGCGCGAAUUUCAGUCAUUCGCCGAUACUUUUUGCCGUUUGAACGCUUAAAAUGCUUGUAUUAACGUGCUUAAUCACUUUCGAUACUCACUUCGUCUCAAAACUAUCCACAUCGGCCGGUAUGCAAAAUUCCGAAAUUGCGGCGGCGAUUGGCCGCGGAGAGCGUAUUGCGAAAUAUGCCAAAAACGUCUCAAACGCGGCGUUUUCACGAAAAUUUCGAUGUUUUCUCUCUUGCAUGUCUCUUCUUUCGUCGAUAUCAAGCACAAAAAUAUCGAAAAAGUGCUGGAAUUGCGGCAAUUUUCAGAAAACGCGUCUCAGAUUAGGCCACGCCCCUUUCUACACUUUUGGUCGCCGUGUAUUAAUCGUAAAAUGUUCAGGGUGGUAAUGUCGGGAACGUAUUGGGCGCUGUCGCUCUACUCGACGGAACUGUCGGACGACGGAAAGACGGGCUACUUCCUGUCGGGCAUUGUCGAAUUGCCCGCCGGCUUCUUCUCGGUCAUUCUGCUGGUCAAGUACAAACGGAAGACCGUCUCCUUCUUCUCGCUCUUUUUCACCGGCAUCUUCAUGUUGUGCACGAUAUUCGUUCCGCUUCCGGGCAAUUAUAAAAUGAUUUUCCCGCUGCUCGCCAAGUCCACCAAUUCGAUCGUUUGGUCGUCGCAACCGCUUCUCUACUCGGAGGUUUGCACUUUUUACCGGAAAAAAUAGGAUAAAAUUCCAAGAAAUGUGAUAAAUUCGGGACUUACCAUUACAGUAACGUCUUUAGGGAACACCGACGACCAUCAGAAACGUGUUCAGUGGCGUCGUUUCGCUCGUCGGAGAACUCGGAUCCAUCGGAGCGCCCUACAUGAACCGAUUGGUUCGUUUUCUCUAAAAAAAAGCGGUCCACGGUCUGCGGAUCUUUCAAUAGGCACACGAAAUUGUAAGCUCUGGAGACCGUGUUCACUCAAAAUGUCAGUAUUGCUUUGUGAGACACCAGAAAUCAUAGAAAAAUACAAGUCGAUAAAUUCGUUUUCAGACGGCGAUAAACGAGGACGCGCCGGCGGUUCUCAUCGCGGCGCUCUCGAUCGUGGCCGCCGGUCUGGUGUGUCUUCAGCCGGAGACGAAGAACAAGAAACUUCCGGAAGAUAUUGACGAUUUCGACGCGGGGCCGUUGUUCCGCGGCUGUCGCAAGACCAAAAAGGGCGCGAAGGGCGACGUGGAGACGGCCCAGAAACCGGCCGAAUCCGUGAAGCUUCUCGAGGUGAAGGAUGCUGAAAAACUUGUGAAAAUACAAGAGAAAGGAGAGGAAGAGGAAAAAUAA